ACGAAUAGAAGAAGAAGAAGAAGAAGAAGAAUUGUUGUUUGUCAACCAUCAAAUGUGAUGAUUCGAAUUGACUUGACGUGAGUUGAGCGAUCACGGAAGUAGAUAUCUGGUAGAUAUGGAGGAUUUGGAUUUAUAUCGACGAUACGUGGACGAUCUCCGAGUGUACGCGAGGGAGAAUGGGAUCACGGAAGCGGAAACGAAGAGGAUUUUUGAGGAGUGCUUCAGGGAGUUGGAGGGUAGUCGUGUUAGGAAGGUUCGUGGGAUGCUGAGGGGCCUCAAAAUCCUGGUCCUGGGGGUUUUGACGGUGAUCAUUUGCUCAAUGGGGUUGUACAAUCACCCGUCGACUCAUAGUAUUUUUCUGAGGAAUAUGCAGAGUUUUAUUUAUCCUGGGCUGACGGUGUUUCGACAGUUUGCUGUGCCUAUUAUCCAGAGAUAUCCAAUCUUAACGGAACUCUACGAUGAAUCCUGUCUGGUCGAAAAUCCUUUCUUCAAGGUAGCUGACAUGGAUUGCUGGCCAUGCAGUACUGUCCAAUCAGUGCCUGACAUGACCGGCUGGAAUAUGACUAAAACAUUUAAUGUUGGAAUGCCAUUUACGAGAGCUGAAAGUGAUAGCAAUGGAGAUCUGAACAGUAUUAUUAGUAUGUAUAAGAGACACUCGGAGAUUUUCAAUGUCGAUGCCAGGAGAAUCUCCUCAAAUAAUCCUCUUUACAAGACAAUAAAAAAUGUGAUAGAGAAAAGACUUGACGAGAAUCCGUCCAAAUUCUUGAAUACUCACAUAUCGUGGAGGCUGAAUCGUAUGAGGCCAAGUAGACUCCUCCGAAAAUUAAUGCCGAAGCCUUUAGGCACACCAAAUUGGUGGAGUCAGAGCACGGAAAGAUUUUUGUUUAUUGAUGAACCCAAAGCGGAUGAAUAUAUUUUGCCCAAUCCCGAAUGCAGUAAUGUUAUUCUAAGGUCCACAAGUGGUUCAAGACUGAUUAAAAUGAUGCCGAGCCCUGAGUGCCAACGGAAUUGCAAAUCUUCUGUGGUCCUGCUAUCCUCUCACCACACACUGUGGUACAACUGGUGGUACUGGAAACCAAUAAGUCUCCCAGCAAUCAACUCAACUGAAAUCUCAAUCAUUUACCUCACUUCGUUCUGUUGACGAAUGACAAAUCCUUUUUAUCGUGAUUUUUUUUUCAAUUUCCAAAGAUAAAUCCAUCGAUAACUCAAGAUAUUUAGAUAUUAGAUAUUUUCAAGUGAUUUAUUAGGAAUAAGUGUACAGAUCUAUCACUUCUUUUUGUAUAUCCGUCUUUUAUUUUUCGAUAUUUGAACUAAGAACUCAGAAUAUCUCAUCCCAAGUACAUAAGUUUCGAGAUGAAUUCCGCAUUUAUAAUGUUUCAUACAAUCACUUAAAUUAUUUAUCGUACAGUUGAUUGACUCAACGCUCAACGUUGGUUACAGCAAGCUCUUUACACCUGAGAUCAAGUGCACUAUUGUUGAUGAUUUAGCAGCGAAGUAGUAAGACGGUUCAAGUCGAAAUUUGCGAGUUUUUUCAGACGAAUAGCAAACAUUUUUGUGGUCGUGUCAGGAGUCGAUUUAGAUAAAAAUUUCGUCUUCGAAAAACGUUCGAUAAACCAAGAUGAACCGUUUCUACCGCUUCGCUACUGAAUUAUAACUGGCAAUUGAUGUAUUUUGGUUUUGGGUGAUUGUGCGUCGCAGCUGGAAGAUGAAAAUUCCUCAGUCGAUUUCAAUAAUUAAGUAAAACGAUGGGCAUAAUAUUCGACGCACCGAGAAACGAAGAAAAAACUUUUAUUUAAUUCGGAAUACAUGUUUUUCUACCUAAUAAAUUAUGCAUCAUGCAAAUUUUGCUGAA